AUGGGAGUAGUUUUGAGGAACCUCCAGAAGGUGGUGCCUCUUCGGCGCGCCAGGCUGCGCAGGGACGUGGUCACGCUGAGACACAUACUGGGCAUCCAGAAGUUCGACCUGGGUAUCAUCUGCGUGGACAACCAGAAGAUGCAGCAGAUCAAUCACAUCUACAGGAAGAAGAACACACCCACGGAUGUCCUGUCUUUCCCAUUCUACGAGGACCUGAGGCCCGGGAAGUUGCCCUGCCCCCUUCACAGAGACGAGCUGAACCUUGGAGAUAUCUUCCUUGGGGUGGAGUUUGUGAUGAAGCAGUGUCAGGAGGAAUCCCUGGAUCUGCACGGAGCGCUGACUGUUGUCACUGCGCACGGGAUCUGCCACCUGCUGGGCUACAGGCACGAGACAGAGGAAGAAUGGACUGAGAUGCAGCAGAGAGAAAACUACAUCCUGAGCGAGUACAGCAGACUCACAGGCCGACACCUAGACCCCCUGAUGAAGAGGUGCAGUCAGGACAGGUGACCCUGACUGCUGCCUGCAGGCCUGAGAUUAAAUAUUGCACUAUGUGAUGGUGGAAACUGCUUCUAUACUGUUGUGGUUCUUAUAUUUAUUUGAAGAUACCCACUACAGUCUGUAUUAUAAAAUGACUUGUCACUAAACAGUCUGACCUCCUGAAAAAACACUUGAUGUGAGCUCUGCUGAAGAGUUUCAAACACCAAAAAACGUCUCAGUUCUUUCAUUGGAAUAUUUUAUUAAAAUCUGCUUUAGGAAGAGUCGGUUGUGUAUGAAGGGUAGAAAAAGCUGUUCAUUCUCACUUCACUAAUACAUGUUAUGCUCUUUACACUGCGUGUAGGACAGCAUGUUCAGGAGAGGCAUUUAAGAAACGUCAAUCAAUGCAGACAUUAAAACACCUGGAGAAUUAACACAGCGUGGUGCAACAGGAAGUCGGCUAAUCAGUGCACACUUCCUAAAAUCCCCAAAUAUAAAGACAGAAGUUGUGUCAAAUUUGGUCUGCAGUGAUUUAAUUUUUAGAAAUUAAUGCCAUGUUGUGCUAAUUUGAGGGAAUAAUCUGCUGUACAGAUUAAGUCUAUAAUAGCAUGUGUACGAGUGAGCUUUUUUUUUUUUUUUUUUCCUUUC